GCCUCAGCCCAACUGCUGCGGGUGAGGCGCCGGUACAGCCGCGCUCUGCUGCGGGGCCCGGAGUGCACCGUGAAGCUGCCAUCCCCGCUUGCUUCGUCCUUCCGCGUGCACCGUGCUCCCCGCACCCCUCCCGCCGCGGGCCCUGUGGCGAGGUGGGGGUCGGUGCCCUGGACGGGGACCGAGAGACCGGGAGAGGCGAACUUCGGUGUUGGGGGAGGGGAGGGGGCGUAACGGUGCAAGCCAGUUCAGGAGGCGGCGGGGCGGGCGCUCCGGGGGCGGGCACAGCCGGGGCGGCACUCUCCGCUGCCGGCGUUUCGCGGUCGCCACAGUCACCUUCCGCGUUCCGCGGCCGCACUGCCCGGCCCGGCCCGGCCCCCCGCGCACCGCAGGGCGGAGCGCCCGCCGCCGCCGCCUCUGUCCCCGGUGCGCCUGGCUCCCCACGUGCCGCCGCGGCCAUGGGCUUGCUGCCGGUGCCGGCGGAGGUGCGGGCCAUCCUGCUGGACAUCGAGGGCACCACCACACCCAUCGCCUUCGUCCAGGAGACCUUGUUCCCUUACAUCAGAGACAACCUGAAGGAGUACCUGCGUGCCCACUGGGAGGAGGAGGAGUGCCAGCGGGACAUCAGGCUCCUGAGGAAACAGGCCCAGGAGGACUCCAGCUUGGAUGGGGUGGUGCCAAUCCCUUCGGAUGGUGGCAGUGGGGAGGAGGAGCUGGAGCGGCUGAUCCAGGCGGUGGUGGACAACGUGCACUGGCAGAUGGCUCUGGACAGGAAAACCACAGCCCUGAAGCAGCUCCAAGGGCACAUGUGGAGGGCAGCCUAUGCCACAGGGCACAUCAAAGGAGAGCUCUUCGAGGACGUGGUUCCAGCCAUCCGGAAGUGGCGGGAAGCAGGGAUGAAGGUCUACAUCUACUCCUCGGGCAGCAUCGAGGCCCAGAAGCUUCUCUUUGGAUACUCUACAGAAGGUGAUAUCCUAGAGCUCUUUGAUGGCCACUUUGAUACCAAAAUAGGCCCCAAGGUAGAAAGUGAGAGCUACAGAAGGAUUGCCACCAGCAUUGGGUGUGCCACCAACAAUAUCCUCUUCCUGACCGACGUCCCUCGAGAAGCCAGCGCGGCGGAGGAGGCGGAGGCGCACGUGGCGGUGGUGACCAGGCCAGGCAACGCAGGACUGACUGAUGAUGAGAAAUCCUAUUACAGCCUCAUCUCCUCCUUCUCUGAACUCUUCCUGCCUGCCUCCACCUAGGGGGGAGCAGGGCCUGCCCGGCAGCCUGCGCCUCGCCUGCGUCGUCCCUGUGUAACCUUAGGUAAUUUCUGUCCGUACCCAGACCUCAAAAGCCGAACCCGCGUCGUGUCUUGGAGCCAGCAGCAGUGCAGGCAGGGAUGGGAGGGGGAGAAAGGCAGAGGCCUGCAGCAGCCAGCUGGAGCUGGGAGCAGGGGGAGAAGCAGCACCCAUGGGUCAUAGACUCACAGAACUGUCAGGGUUGGAAGGGAGCUCAAGGCUCAGCCAGCGCCAACCCCCCGCUGCCAUCGGCAGGGACACCUCUCACGACAGCAGGUUGCUCACAGCCACAUCCAGCCUGG